AUGACAAUUAUGUUAUUCACAGAUCCCAUAGACGCCGUUCCCGCUUUAAUGACAAUUAGGUAUGUUUUGACUGCUCAAGAGUUCAUCUUUCUGUUAUUGUUAAAAGGUGCUGAUGACUUAAACACACUGCUAAUUACAGUAUGUGAAUUGAAGGAAAGCAUAAGUUCAAGGGACAUGAAAAAACCUGUGAUGUGCCAUGUAAAGAUUACAUUUAGCUCCUCUGUUGCUUUUACCCUGAGAUUUGGUGAUUGA